AUGGCAAGAAUGUCAAUGGAAGAAAGUAGUAAAAUGCGGCCUACAAAGAAAACUUCUGUUAUUAAAAGGCAAUGGACUAAAGCAGAAGAUGCAGCUUUAAUUGAAUGUCUUAUUGAUUUGUCAAAUGAUCGAAGUACAAAGGGGGAUAAUGGAUUCAAAAGUGGAUACUUGCAGCAACUUGAGAAGAUGCUUCAAGUGAAACUACCAGGAUCAAACAUUAAGGCCACCCCACACAUUGAAUCUCGCUAUAAACUUUGGAGGAGGCAAUUUCUUGCAAUUCAAGAGAUGCUAAACAAAGGAAGUGGGUUUGGAUGGAAUGAUAGUGAGAAGUGUGUUACUGCUACCAAGGAUGUUUUUGAGGAAUGGGUUAAAAGUCAUCCUACUGCUGCUGGAUUAAGGAACAAACCAUUCCCAUAUUUAGAUGAGUUGAUGGCUGUUUGGGGAAAUGAUCAUGCUUCAGGAGCUGGUGCAGAAACCCCAGCUGAUGCAGUGGAAGAACUAGACCAAAGAGGAGACAAUGUUGAUGAUUUCCAAGUGGAUUGGGAAAUUGGAGAAGAUGAAGGAUUAGGCCAGAAUGAGGCAGAGCAUAAUGUUGAUAAGGCUGACUUAUCUUCUUGUCCCUCUACAAACACUGCCAAUGUAAAAAAAAAGCUUACUGGCAAGAAACGAUCCAGAAGUGAUGAUGGCUUUAAUGACUUGGUGGCAGAAAUCCAUGAUUAUGUAGGUGCAUACAAACAUGUGGCAACAUACUUCCAGAAUGAAUCUGAGAACAACACUAGGAAGAUGAAGAUCUUUGAAGAGAUAAUGCAACUACCGGGAUUUUCUACAGAAGAGAUCAUGAAUGCUGGUGAACAUAUUCUGAAAGAUUCACACAAGCUUGAUACGUUCUUUGCUCUGCCAAAGGAGCUUAGGAGCCACUAUGUGGUGAAACAAUUAUCUGAGAUCAAUGCAUAUCAUCCAACCUUUGAUUUUCAUGGUGGAGAUGAUGUGUAG